AUGGCGGGCCCCGCAGCAGUCCCCAAAUGCGCAUUCUGUGGCGGGGGGCCCGACGGCGAGCCCCCAGAUGACGUCAUGGAGCGUGCACGCGAGGCGCGACGGAACCGCCCCCUGUCGGAGAAAGAAAGGGCGCGGCUGGCGCUGGAGCUUGGGAGGCAGGAACAGCGGCGGCGGGGCUUUCUGGGGCCGUUGCUGGGGCCGCUGAGCGAGAAGGUUGGGCUGGCGGGGGUGUGGGUGCACCGAGAGUGCGCCAUCUGGAGCCCCGAGGUGUACUUUGCUGACAGCGGCCACCUCAAAAAUGUAGCCGCAGCCGUGCGGCGCGGGCGCCUCCUGCGCUGCGUGUUCUGCCAACGGGGGGGCCCAACCAUGGGCUGCUGGAUCGAGCGCUGCCCCAAGUCGUAUCACCUGGCGUGCGCACGCGCAGACGGAUGCCACUUCAAUCACGCGGACUACCUCAUCACAUGCCAUGACCACGCCGUCAUGGUGCGACGCCCCAAGCGGCACCGCCUCGCGCAGAACGGCCCCCCCGAACCCCACAAACGAGCCCGGCCGUGGCCUCUUCCUGUCCCGGAGCCGCAGCCCGAGAUCGCGCCUCCGGAGCAUGGGAAGCGCGCGCGGCGCGCGGCGGCUGUGGCUGCAGUACAACGCAUCAGCAUCACGGCCCGUCAGGACGCCGAACGAGAGGCGGCGCGCGGGGGGGACCUUGCUGCGGAUGAGGCCGAGUUCUUGAAGCGCGAGCGGCGCCGUCUGCAGCGCGAUAUUGCCCGGAUUGCGCCGCUGCGUCUGGGGGGCGCUGAGCCGGGUGCUGACAUGGGAGGGCCCCCAGGGUGGGAGUCAGUGGCGGGGCUGCGCCAUGUUGUCGACUGUCUUAAAGAGAUGGUAGUCUUCCCGCUGCUAUAUCCGGCUGCUUUUGCGCGGCUGGGCGAAGGCCCUCCGCGCGGUGUACUUUUGCACGGCCACCCGGGGACUGGCAAGACGCUCGUGGCACGUGCCUUGGCCGGCGCCUGCUCCCGGGGGCCCCACCAGGUGGCCUUUUUUGCACGCAAGGGUGCAGACUGUCUCGGCAAGUACGUGGGCGACGCCGAGCGCCAGCUGCGACUACUCUUCCAAGUCGCGGCCGCGUCGGCGCCGAGCAUCAUCUUCUUCGACGAGAUGGACGGUCUCGCUCCCGCGCGCCAAGUCACCGCCUCCGACCAGACCCACGCCAGUGUAGUGGCCACUCUGCUGGCGUUGCUCGAUGGGGCCACGCCACGUGGCGCCGUGGUUGUGAUUGCGGCGACCAACCGGCCGGAUGCCAUCGACGCCGCGCUGCGCCGCCCGGGCCGCUUUGACCGCGAAAUCUACUUCCCGCUCCCCUCCCUGCCAGAUCGUGCAGCCAUAUUGGGCGUGCACACCGCUGCGUGGCCGUCCCCUCCUCCCCCGACCACCUUGCGCGCCCUCGCCAAGGCUACUCCAGGUUAUGCAGGAGCCGAUCUUGCGGCGCUGGCAGCUCAGGCUGCUUUGGUGGCCCUCAAACGCUCCCUGGGAGGCCGCAUUCCAGAGCCGCCAGCGACGGCUCCUCUCUCGCCGGCCGUACACGUCACCGCCAACGACUGGGCACGUGCCUUGGCCGCUGCUCCCAGCCCCGCCUCUCGCCGUUCCUGCCAGGCUCUGUUAGCGGUUCCCCCCUCGACUCCCCUCCCUCCCCCUCUGGUGCCCCUGCUGGGCCCCCCCCUGGCCGGCCUCCUGCUCGCGCUGCGCCAAGACGGCCGAGCAGUCCUCCCCCCCACGGCAUGCAGUGCUGCCGGGGCGGUGGCUGCCGCCUUGGCUGACGUCAGCAACCCCUCUUCCUCUGCAACCCCAGCGGAUGCCGCUCUUUGGGGGUGGGCGAGCGCAGCAGAGCGUGCGGCGGUAGGGGCCCUGUUAAAAGCGGGGGUGCUGUCUGGCCCGGGAAGCGAAGAGCCAGGAAAUGACGCAGAUUGGAACGCUGACGAGAAAGAGUCCCACGGAAACGGUGGCGGCGUCCGCGUGCUAGUGACUGGGACAGGCGCGGUGGGGCAGGAGGCUCUGGUGGGCGCGCUAGUGGCGCUUUUGGAAGGCGGCGACGGAGAGGUGCACAGCGCGAGCCUGGGCGCGAUGUUGAUGGCGGGCCAUGGGGACCCCGUCCAGGGCCUUUCUCGCAUCCUGUCUGACGUGCGGGGCCGCCGCGCCGCCAUUCUUGUGAUGCCCCGCCUCGAGAGCUGGGCCACAGUGCAAGUGCCUCCCCCGGAAGGAGAUGAGGGCCCCGCCGUCAGCGUCGCGUCUGCAGCUUGGAAGAUGUUCUUGCAGCAGAUCUGCGGUGCACCCAACGCCGCGCCCGCGCUCAUCUUGGCAACCGCCGGGAUGCCCACUACUUCCCUCCCAACUUCCGUCGCUUCUUUCUUUGGCGGUCACUCCUCGAUCAACACAGAAGCGAUGCACACCAGCGAGAGAACUCCCUCAGCCACCACUCCGAAGCUCGUCAAGGGGGCCACGUGGCAGCUGGCUAAGGGCGCAUCCGGCGGCGCAGUAGGCUGCUUCCGUGUCGCUCUAGUUGGAGGGGAUCCCCCUCGGGAGGCCGCCAUGUUUCGGUGGGCUGCGCACAGCUCAGCCGCUGCUGUGGCGCACUCGUUCUUGAGGAAGGAAAAGGCCCUCAGGUCGUCGGCUGAGGAGGAGGGGCAAGCGGCGGGUGAAAGGAAGAGAAAACGGGAACCCUCGGUAGGUGUAGUCGCUGAGGAAAAAGGAAACGGAGAUACUGAGGGGGUCCAGAACAAUGGAAUAACUCAAGACACUGGGGUGGCUGGUGCGCCGGAUGAUUUCCCCACAGUGGGGCCAGAAACGGAAACGGGGCUUCCGUCCUCGAACGUAGACAGUGACGGCAUGGGGGGCAAUCUAGCGGAGGGGGAUCCCCCACCAAAUGCAAACAUCACAAGCGUGCCCAUCAACCCAACAGAGGGCGAUUCGCCCCCUCAGAAGCGCGUGCGGCUAUCCUCUCCGGGGGGGGAGCCAGCAGUGGAGAACGGCGGGGGGGGCCCGACGGCGACGGCUCUGCGGUGGUGCGGGAGACAGCUGCUGAGCGCUCCCCAAUGGGGGUGCCUACGAAGAGCGAGCGCGAUAGUCACGUGGGAGAAGGAAGCGCGGAAAAGGCCGUUAGAUGUCGCGCGCGCGGCGAGUAGCAGCCCGGCGCCGGCAGCAGGAACGCAAGCCCCCCCGUUGCGCGACGCGACUCCGCCGCCCCCUUCCGGCGGCCUGGUUGGCGUGGCGCGCACCGCCCUCUCCGACGGUUUCUCGAGUGCCGCCGAACUGUCCGCCGCAGUGGGACGCGUGCUGGCGCGCGUUCGGCGCCGGGAAGAGAACGAGCGCAGCAAACGUCGCCGUCUCGAGAUGGGGGGGGACGCGGAGCAGGAGGGGUACCCCCCCGUGCUGGCGGCAGCGGCGGCGUUGCAGGAUACGGUGGCAGGGUGGGAGUAUGCUUUGGGGAAAACUCAGGCGGCUGCUGGUAAGGGCCGACUGCCGGGCUUGGAAGCGCUCCCCAAAACGGGAGCGGCCCGAGAAGAUGAACGUCGGCGAGAAGAGUCGGUGCAGGCACGUGACCCGGGUUAUGAAAGUGAAGCGCGGAGGAAGGGGGGAACGGUUGCAGGUAGAACAUUGGCGCAUGCGGAGGAACGGGGAGGGCAAGACGCAGCAAAGGGCGGGGAGAGGAGUGAGCCCGGGGGAAACAAAGCGGGGGUAGCAGCAGGCGGGGAAGACGCGGCGGACGGUCAGGAUGGAAUGGAGGCAAAGGGCAUGGAAAAGCUGGAAGGGGAGAUGGAGCAAAGAGGGGGACCUGAGAGGGAGAGGAACGUUGAGCGCAAGCGGGAAGGUACGGAAGGGAGCAUGGCGGAAACGUCAGACGGACUGUUGCAGCCGCCAGCUGGAGGUUCGGAAGCGGUGGUUGGGGGUGGUGAAGCGGAGCCAACGAAAGUUCACCGAGGGGCAGUGCAGCAAGAGGCGGGUUCGGCAGCGUCGACCGUUAAAGAGCAAACCGGAACGCGGGUAGAGGGGUCCGGAACGGACAAGAACGUCGAUGAAGCUGGAGUCUCCUUGGGGAGCACCGGAGCGGAAACGGAGGCGGAAAAGAAGGAACGGACGGAGCUGGAGACGGAGCACAGGCAAGAGUCAAGGGGUCGGGGAAAAGACGGAUGCGGGGCAACGACCCGGUCCGAUUUGUGGCAGGGCGAAAGAAAAAGAGCAACCGGUGUGGAAACCGGGGGAUGGUGGGCUCCGGAAUGCUUCUCGCAUUUGGCGGAGGCGAUCUUGGAGAGGUACACCAAUGAAAGCGAGCGGCAUGAAACGGUGGCGGAAGCCAAAGUUCCAGAGGGGAGCGUAAGCGCGGAUCUGCAGUCCGCCAAGGUUGAUACAGAAUCUUCGGGCGUCGAAGUGGACCGGAUACUGGAGGUGGUAGCAGCGAGCAACCGGCGGGUGCAGGCUUGCCUGGCGGGGAUUGGAACGGAGGGGAAAGACACUCUGUGUACUUUCUGCCAGAAGCAUUAUGAGAAGAGGCAGGAAGGGUGGCGAGAGGAAGACGGGGAAAAACCAGACUUGAGGCCAAUCUGCUUGGGACCACUAAGCGACGCCCUGCGCCAGCUCUCAGCAGAGGUUCAGAAGUAGCUUGCGCUGCGUCGUGUGGAUCUCGGGCACAGACCAGCUUCCAUGGUCAUUGGACACUCCUACGUGCAACCGGCCCCGCACGUCGUUGCAUGGCAGGUGUUGUACAUUUGGGUCAUUUCGUGCUUUGGAAAGGGACCGGCCCUUUACGCGCUGUCAAUGAGGA